AUGCUAUUUCCAUCCCAUUUCAGUCGUUGCAUUCAGAUUAGUACCACAAUAAUUCCUAAAGACUGGCUCUGUGAGACUUGCCAAUCCAAGCAUGAUUCAACUUCACCACAUAAAGUGAGCCAGGAUGUUGGUUCGAUGUCUUCUAAAAGACAACAAUCUGUCAAAAGGGGCAAAGUGAAGUACCUUGACUUGGAUGAAGUCAUUAGACUUUCUUCUUGGAAGGCUUCUUCUGGAUCCAAAAAUUUUAUUUCCAAGAUUCCCUCCCUGACUCCAAAAUCAAAUCCUCCCAUAUCACCUCCUAAAGUACAUGGGAAGCUUCCACCAAGAAAUGAUGAAGUACACAAGAAACCAAUGACUAACCAACAUGCUUCAUUCUCAUUAUUUCAAGGUUCUGUACCUAGCGAUGAUGGUAAAUUUAUUAUGGAAAAAGACCCUCAGAGUAAUCAGAAAAACUUAAACCUUUAUCGUAAAUUUUUACCCUCCUCAAUUCAUGCUUGGAGGGGUCAAAUCCAAAUUCUUCUAACCGCUCAAUCUAGCAUAACUUUUGAUGGGUUUGAGGCCCAACCACCAUGCAUUGUUAACAGGAAAGCAUAUAAAUUUUCAAGAGAAAUGCCAUCAGUCCUUCAAGUGGAGUCAUUUCCUGCGUUGAAUGUCUUGACUGACAUAUUCCCAGAUGAUUCUCCUAACCUUCAGGAUAUUGCAUUGUACUUCUUUCCAUCAGAAGACACUGAUAGGUUCAGAAAAAACCUGGAUAACAUAUUGAAGUUUAUGAAUGACGAAAAAGCAAUGCUAAGAAGUUAUAUUGAUGGAGUGGAGUUGCUAGUAUUUACCUCAAAUCAACUUGACACGGACUCAAGGGGUGUUAUUGCUGAAGUAAACGCCGGACAUUUCCUGUGGGGAAUCUUUCGCCAAAAUAAAAUUGAUAAAGCUAUUGAAAGAGUACCUUCCACGGAGCCAGUUGAUAUGGACAUCGAUAUGAUUGGAGGAAAAGAUGUGGUGGGAAGAAUUGAUCAUAUUCGAAAAGAUAAGCCCAAGAGUGCAUCUGUGAUGAAGUGUAAUAACAAACUGUGA